AUGUCGUUCACUCGUCGAGUACCGUCCACCACCCUUCCUCCCCCUGCAGGUACACAUCCCUCCCCAUCCCUUUCAUCCCUUCAUCUCCUUCCAACCGGUUUACCAUCCCUCGACGACCUGAUUGGCGGUGGAUUACCACUUGGAUCUAUCCUUCUUGUCCUCGCUCCAGAUCGUCAAUCGUCUUGGUCUCGUCUCAUCGAACGUUAUUGGAUUGCGCAAGGAUUGAUAUCUGGACAAGCUAGUAUAUUGGUUGGAGAGGAAGAAGUAGGUAAAGAAGUCGUAGGAGGUUGUAUGUGGACUGAAAAAGGUUGGCAAGGUGAAGAAAGUCAAUCUGAGAAUGAAGGUGAACCAGAUGGCGAAGGAAAGAGAAUCGCUUGGAGAUAUGAGAAAAUGGCAAAAUUCAGGACUACUGUUGGUGGUAACGGAUCAAACCUUUCCCUCAUGAACCCAAUUCCUUCAGACGUACUAUCGUCAAUACACAAAACAGGUCAACAAUCAUAUAUACCACUUGUACCAUCUUCCGAAAGCAGUUCAACUCCAAGGAGUAGAACCGAUAACGCUCUUCAAGGUAUAUACGAAAAAGUCCAAAAGUCUGACUCGAAACGAGCUGUAAGGAUUACGAUACAUGAGCUUGGCGGAUUAGACUGGGGUGAUAACGUCGGAGAGGAGCAAAUUCACAAAUUCAUACAUUCACUUAAAUCUAUCAUCCGAACCAAACCGAUUUCAGCUUUGAUUACGAUACCACCAAACUUGAUUGCUGGACCAUCAAAAGAAAGCUUUGUGAGAAGAUUGAGUCGGUCAGUGGAUGCCAGUGUCGAACUGAAAGGUUUCGCUGACGAUCCAACCCUCCCACCCCUCUUCCCCACAACUCAUGGCCUCCUCACUCUGCACUCAUACCCAAUUUCACAUACCUUACUCCCAUCGACUCUUAAACAUUCAACCCUACUUGGUGUUUCUCAAGGGUCAGACGGAGGUGGUGGAGCUGGUGAAAAUAACCUGGGAUUCAGGUUGAAGAGAAAGAAGUUUGUCAUUGAGACGGUGCAUUUGGGUGUCGAAGGUGGAGUCGGAGAAAGAGCAACAGGACCAGUCGAUGUUGUGUCUGCUCUGUCGGGUACUAAACAGUCCACAGGAGGACCUGUUGAGGGAGUGGAAAACGGUCAUGCUUCCGUCGAAGGCGAGAGGGUAUCACCGCAAACACAACCAGAAGAAGUGAUAUCAGGAGUCGAAAAACCAAGAGGUCCUCAAGGUGAAAAGAAACCUUCAAAACCAAGGGCAAGAGUCAGGUUCGGAGGUGAAGAAGAGAUGUCAGUGACUGUAGCCAAAGGAAAGGAAGAUCAUCACGAACAUGUACAUGAUCAUCCACACGAUCAUGGUGAGAAGAAAAUACCAAGGGUACAGGUACGACAUGAUAGACCUGAUCUGUAUGACUUCUGA